AUUGAAGCGAUCCAAUCAGCACUUUCUACUCAAAUAAGGAACCAUUUCUCACGAUAAGAAGGAAAAUUUUCAUGUUCAUAUCAUCUUUCUCUAAUAUCAUCAUUUGAUAGAAUUAAAAUGAAUAUGUCAUCGAUGCCCUCGAUGGGCAACUCAAACGAUAUGAUGAACACUGUCCAUGACUGGCGUUGGGCACAAGAAAUGUGGCCAAACUGUCGUAAUCUAACAAUCUACGGUCCAAAUUCACCGCAAUCACCACCCUCCGCAAUUCAAAUAGCAGCAAUGACAGGAAAAGAUUCAUGGUACGGAAUGGAAAAGUACGCAAAAGGAGUAACAUGGAUUUGUCUAGGAUUGAUCGGGUUGACAAUCAUUCCUGGUCUUGUACAUAGAUGGAGAAGAAAUUAUCCAAUUCAAGCAAAUAAAUUCUUGACUUCUACCGUCAUCGGAAGAGUAUACCUUUCUGGAUUAACCCUAUUUCGCGCAGUCGGAUAUCGUACCCCCUCUUUUUCAUGGGGUAAAAAAGGAUGGGGUAGAUAUUAUCUUCCACAAAUGAAUCAUCUGAUCGUCAUUGCAUCUGUUUGGGUUGCAGUGACAAUCUGGAUAUUCACCGUUAGGCCAUACUACAGAUGCUUGCGAGAAUGGGGUUCUCCACCAUUAUCACUUCGAGCGGGAAUGAUGGCGAAUGGUUUGUUCCCAUUCUUGUUCGCAUUAGGUAGCAAGUACAACAUCAUUACAAUCGUUUCAAAUAUAUCAUACGAACGGUUGCAAGUCUAUCAUCAAUGGCUAGCAAGACUGGUCUUAUUCUUAGGCUUCGUCCAUGCCAUCCCUUUCAUUGUCCAGCCCGUGCAAGAAGGAGGUACAGCAUUGAUGCACGAAUAUUACUUCAAUCCAGAUGAUUACCAAAUGUAUUAUACUGGAACGGCUUCUAUGGCUUUGUUGGUUUGGAUGAUCAUCUCUUCCACAAGCGUUUUGCGGAAUUUAUCUUACGAGUUUUUUGUGCUUCAACACGUCGCAUCCAUUAUCAUGUUCCUCGCCUUCUACUUUAUUCAUACUGGAAACGAGCUCAAUUCAUGGCUUUGGCUUUGGGCAACAAUCGGAUUAUGGGGGAUUGCAAUUCUGGUUAGAAUGGUACGUGGUGCUAUGGCAAGUGACUUCUUUGUUGGUAAACGUGCACUCGUUGAAACAAAUUUGGAUACGAUCGAAUUGGAUACUGCUCUUCUUGACCAAGAUCCUAUGAUUCGUAUCACCAUUCGUACUAACGUCAAAUGGUUACCUGGUCAACAUAUCAUGUUGCAUUUCCCUUCCCUUGGCUUUAUGCAACCGCACCCUUUCACCGUGACUACGCUACCUGAUCCUGAUAGACCCGAUUUUGACUCAACAGCCGUUUUCAUGGCUAGAGCACGAUCUGGAUUGACACGAUUGCUGUUCAACCUCAAUGUGAAAGCACAGCUUUCUGACAAACUGAUUGAGAACAAAAAUAACUACACCAGUCCUACCGAGAUGGGUCAUCAAGUAAUUCUCCGCAAACAGCACGGAAUCGCGUCUAAUAAUGAUUCAGCUGAUGUAGAAAGUGAAGUCCAGGAUGAAAGCGAGAAAAAUUCAGUAACAGCUUGUCCGAACCUAAAAAAGCAAGGUACCAUCAUUCCUGCCUCGGUCGAUGGUCCAUAUGGCACAAAUGCAAGUGCAGCAUCGUACGAUGGUGUGAUCUUGAUCGCCGGCGGUUCAGGCUUCUCUGUAAUUAUUUCGAUCUUACAGGAUCUUGCCAUCAAAGCAGUUCGUCAACGAUCUUCAAUUGCAACCAGACAAGUACAUAUCUUUUGGAGCGUACGAACGUCAUCCUCCGUACAAUGGAUGAGGGAACAAUUAGAUAAUGCGAUUGAAAUCCUGUCGAAUGCAGGCAUUGAUACGCAAAUCCAAAUUGCCAUCACUCGUUCUGGAGCCACGGUUGGCCUACCAUCUUAUGCAAGAAUCAAUGCCAGUCGUGCUUCGGUGGAAACCAUUUGCAAAGAUGCUAUUGAUGAAAUGUCGUCAAAUUACGUCAAGAGCGUUUGCUGUACAGUUUGUGGACCAAUGAAAAUGGCUAUGCAAACACAAAAUGCCAUUCGCCAAUCUCAACGUGCAAUCUUGCGUGGUCGUUCGGGCUCAGUUGCAGAAGUUUACCUUAACAAAUGUACCUUCUCUUGGUAGCUGAGAACUUUCUUCCAAAAAACAAUACUUUGUACCUUAAAAUAGAAUGAAUAUCUAGACUCUCUUUCAGUAAUG